CAGUGUGGAUGGAGUGGGCAGCUCCUGUGGAGGUUUACAUUCAUACAGACACAUCCACACUCUUGAUGACUCAUGCACCAGUCAAAACAAGCUAUUCUUUCAGCGUGUUUCUCUGUAGCAGAGCACAAAGGCAGCAUUGAUUGAGCUUAUUAAUAAACUAACAAAACAUCACUGAUUUAAAGGGUUGUGUUGUGGGUCACUAAUUGUUUCUUUUGUCUGUCAUAAUAUGUGUGUGUGUGUGUCUGUUAUGCAUUAAUGUUGUGUGCGGAUGAAGGAGUCGUAUCGGCAGAUAAUGAAGAUGAGGCCCAAAGACCUGAAGAAGCGUCUGAUGGUGAAGUUCAGGGGAGAGGAGGGCCUGGACUAUGGUGGGGUGGCCAGGGAGUGGCUGUACCUGCUGUGUCAUGAAAUGUUGAACCCCUAUUACGGCCUGUUCCAGUACUCCACAGACAAUAUCUACACACUACAGAUCAACCCCGACUCCUCUAUCAACCCUGACCACCUGUCAUAUUUCCACUUUGUGGGUCGUGUGAUGGGCCUGGCAGUUUUUCAUGGUCACUACAUCAACGGGAGCUUCACGCUACCCUUCUACAAACAGCUGCUAGGCAAACCAAUCCAGCUCAAUGACCUGGAGACCACCGACCCGGAGUUGCACAAGUAAUACUCUUUGUGCAGAGAGAACGACAUCACUUCAGUCCUUGACCACACAUUCUGUGUGGAGCACAAUGCCUUUGGGAAGUUCUUACAACAUGAACUCAAACCUAAUGGCCGCAAUAUCCCCGUCACAGAGGACAACAAAAAAGAAUAUGUGAGACUGUAUGUGAACUGGAGGUUUAUGCGUGGGAUUGAAGCCCAGUUUCUGGCUCUUCAGAAGGGAUUCAGUGAGCUCAUCCCCCAACACCUCCUCAAGCCUUUCGACCAUAAAGAACUAGAGUUGAUCAUCGGUGGACUUGGGAAGAUAGAUCUUGCAGACUGGAAGACUAACACCCGUCUGAAGCACUGCACAAGUGAAAGCAACGUGGUGCGGUGGUUCUGGCAGGCGGUGGAGGCCUUCAGUGAGGAGAGGAGAGGACGCCUCCUGCAGUUCGUCACGGGCUCCACCAGAGUCCCCUUACAGGGGUUCAAAGCGCUGCAGGGUUCUGCAGGACCAAGGCUCUUCACCAUCCAUUUGAUAGACGCCAACACAGACAACCUGCCCAAAGCUCACACGUGUUUUAACCGGAUAGACAUCCCUCCCUACGAGUCUUACGAGAAACUUUACGAGAAACUGCUGACGGCUGUGGAGGAGACCUGCGGCUUUGCUGUGGAGUGACGACUCCACAACCAAACCAACAUACAUACAGUCACACUUGCGCUUGCACUUGCACACAACCUAUUUGACAUUUUACAUAUUUACACACACAUCAACAGAAUAUCAAGUACGCGCAGAGUAUACGGAGCGGCCAAGCAUCACAAGGACACAUGCGGUCUCUUGCCACCUUCUUCACCACCGAACUGUUGGGGGGUUAAAGGAGGAAGCACAGCAGGAGGGGAAAAAAACAGAAAAACAAACAAAAAAAUAAAAUAAAGUAUUUUAAAAUUUUUUCAGAUGUUUUGAAGAAGCAUUUUUAUCCUUCAGUUUUAACAAGCUAUGAUGUCAUUCUUCAGAAUGCCUACGGCCACAGCGAAUUUGACUCCCAACACACUCGGGUCUCCGGACAGAAUCAGCCAAUCACAUGCGAGCCUGCGAACAGAGACUUUGAAAAUCAGACGUGUGAAGAACGAGGCGGAGGCUGAUUUGUCUUUCUGUCUGACGAGCUGAUUGAUUGACUAGUAUUCAUGCUUCAUGUUUAACCACUGUCGUGUAUCAGAAUGUGUGCAUGUAGGUGUGUUUGUGUGAGUGCAUGUGAGACGGCGAUAGAGUGAGACUGUAUUUUUGUGUGUCUGCGUGCGUGUGUGUCUGUGUCAGGCAUGGCACCCGGUUACGCUGUAAAAAUGAUCAAAAUGAGCCUGCUCCUCUGUUUUGACUUUUUGUCUCUUCCGUUUGUAUCUGCGACCACUCUGAUCCACUCUGAUAUUUUAUUAUUUAUUACUAAGUGAUUACUGACCAAGCUGCUAUAUGCUCUACAAAGAGCCCACACUAAUCUCUUCACCACCCCCUCUACCAGAGUUGAAGGGUCAAUUCACUUGCAAUUCAAGUAAUCCACAAAGUGGGUUUUAUUGAAUUUUGUUACAUUUUUUUAACAUUCAUAUUAUUGCGGAGAAAUAUGUUUUUGUCAGUGUAUGGAAACUGUUAAUGUUUUGGUGUUUUAAAUACCAUGUUACAUUUAUUUGAUGUGAAAGGGAUCGAUCUUCCCAGCCCUAAUUUUAAAAUCUUAACUCUACUGACGGUAUGGAGAGGUCCAAAGGGCAUGACCUGGAUAUUUAACAAAAUGAGCCACGGGGACUGAAAGAUGGAGUCAGUUUCAGGAAUUAUUGGGUUGUAUGUGACAUGUAUAAUAAAAUCUCAUAAGCCUUUCAUACAUGUUUCAUCAUCCAUUUCACCAUCUUCUUUUUUUUUUUUAUUUGUGGCCCUGGUGUUUCUCUGCCAAUCUCUUUUUCUCCAUAGCCUGAAUGUUAGAAAAAGUAGUCAUCGUCCUCAAGACCACCAUGAAUGAACAAUGUCAUUAAUCCUCCAUAGAAGUGAAUGAAAUCAAAAACCUAAAUGUUGAGUGAGUAAAGUGGAAAAACUUGGGAUCUGUUGUAGAUUGAAUAUUAAAGACUGUUAAGCAGUACUAUUUCAAUCUGCAUUUUCUAGAUUCUAAGUUCACUGUGUAAUGGAUGCAAGAGUAUUGUAACUUACUAUGUACUAAACAUUUAUGAAAAAAUACAAUGUAAAUAAGAUUAUAUUAAAAGAAAUUAAAUUGAAAA